GAGUAAGGGGUUGGAUAAGACACGAGUAUGUUGGAAAGAAAUAAAGAUCCCAAAGUCAGAACACCAGUGGAGUGGAUGCCGGUGAUCGUCAACGGAGAGCAUCGUAAUGGAAGUGUUUUAUGGAAAUUGGUAAAAGCUUAGGGAGGUUUGAUUUGGUUGUAAAAUGGAACAUUACAAGUCUAGAAACAGCGAUUUCUUCCACUUCACAAACCCUCAUGAUGAUGUUAGUGAGUUAGAUGACGAGGAUUACGAUGAACUGCAAUACUACGAUGUUGAUGUUGAUGAUGAUGAUGAUGUUGAUGAUCGUAGCUGCAAUUUCAGUUUCCAUACUUUUAGUUCCCUCGGGGUUACUCCAGCUCCGCUCCCUAAUUUCCAGACUAAUGGUUUGAUGAAUCAGAAUGAUACCGUGACCACUUCGUCUAUGGAGGAACUUGGGACCUUUGACAAUGGGGCCUUGAUUUUUCAGUUGGACAAUAUAAUGAAGAAUCUUUCUGAUAACCUUCAGCAUAGAAUUGAAGGCAUUGACACACAAAUCUCUCGACUCGAGGAUGAAACUUGCAAGAUCCAUAAGUAUGUAGAAGAUGUGAAGGACUCAACUGAACGGUAUCAUGGGACGACCCACCGGAAGCUCAGGCAGAUGCAUAGUAUUUUACAAGAGGUGCAAGAUGGUGUUCUGUUCUUGAGAGACAAACACGAAAUAGCAGAAACGCGGCUUCAGCUUGCUAAACUUCAAGGUUCAAAGGUCAAAAGAUCACAGCAAUGGGUUUCAGGAGGGACCUUGUGAGAGAAAAUGUAAGAAAACUGACAGAAAAUGGUUCUUCAGUGGAUCUUAAUACAGUGCUUGGUAGGAUGAUGAACCACAAAUGAAAUGAUCUGACCUAUUUCUUUGUUGAGGGUUAUAUACUUGAAAUAAAAACCUAUGAUGUACAGAAAUCGCAAUAGUGAAAAGGCACAUAAUUCUGGCUACACAACCAACAAAUUGAAGUUCCUAGAAACUCAAUUCCGGGAUUGCAAAGGGUAACACUAAGGUAUUCUGGUACGCUGGUCUUUUAGCUCCCUACAUAUGUUUCGUACUUUCCAUGUUGUUUGUACUAUUACAAAUGAUCUGUGAUUGAUAUAUGUUUGUGUAAAUCAUGUUAUAGAUUGCCACCAUUUGUUAAAACAUGUAAUUGAUAUAUGUUUGUGUAAAUCAUGUUAUAGCUUGCCACCAUUUGUUAAAA